UUUGUAUUUCGCCAAAAUGGAGGCGCCAAAUUUAUAUACAAUAUUUGUCGAACGAUUUAACACGCCUGUAGUGUCUGGAUAACGUUGAUUCAAUGUUCCUCGGCUAGAUGAAGUAUUAAAGAACACGACGGAAUAAUAAUCACUGAAAUCAGGGUUUGCAGAUUGAGGGAGCAAUCACUAUGACGGCUAAGAGCAAGUCUAGAAAGUCCUCCUCCAUUGCUGCUGAAGACAUGGAGUUGAGACUUACUGAACGCAAACCUCGGAAGAGGAAGAUCAGCACAAGUGAAGACGAUGAUGAUGAUACAGAGUCCACAAAUUCCCCAUCGAUUAGUAAAAGAGAGAAUGGCCGCCAGGCUAGCUCCCACAAUAAACCUGCAGAAUUGUUCCGUAAAGAUUUGAUCAGUGCAAUGAAGUUACCAGACCAGGAGCCACUGGCGCACGGAGAGUUUUUCCGAAUCUGUGAUCCUUGGAGGCAAGAAUGGGAAAAAGGAGUACAAGUCCCCGUAAACGCAGAAAAAAUCAACAGAGCCAAUGUCAAUGCAUUGAAAGAGAAAUCCAGAUUAGGUGGUGAUUUCAAACUACCUCGCAAGUUCCUGCACACUUCCAAUGAUGAAACAUACAAGGCUGGGCUACAUGAACUCACUGGGAUGCAUGAAUUAGCAGAACAGGUCUGCCGCUAUGAUUUAGAUGAAGUGGAUGUGGAAUGGUUGGAUAAACUGAAUGAGAUACGUGAAGAUAUGGGAGAGUGCAGUGUACAAGAGUGGACCAUGGAGAAAGUCAUGGAGGAGCUAGAGAGACAGUGUUAUGAUAACAUGCAGAAAACAAUCAAGACAAAGGAAGGCCUGGGGAUUGAAUAUGACGAGAAUGUUCUAUGUGAUGUUUGCAGAUCGCCUGAUUCCGAAGACAACAAUGAAAUAGUAUUCUGCGAUGGUUGUGAUAUUGGUGUCCAUCAGGCAUGCUACGGCAUUACAUCAAUCCCAGAAGGCAAUUGGUUGUGUCGCACUUGCGCUCUCGGCAUCAAACCCCUUUGCAUUCUUUGUCCUAGAAAAGGAGGCGCAAUGAAAAGCACAAAGAGUGGCACCAAAUGGGCACAUGUGAGCUGUGCUCUGUGGAUCCCAGAAGUUAGUAUAGGAUGUGUGGAAAAGAUGGAGCCAAUCACCAAGAUAUCACAGAUACCUGCGAGUAGGUGGGCACUUAUAUGUACCUUGUGCAGAGAAAGGACUGGGGCAUGUAUACAAUGUGCAGUAAAGACGUGCAAGACUGCGUUCCACGUCACAUGCGCUUUCUCACAAAAGCUCGUCAUGGAAACAAUCCUAGAUAAUGAGUUUGACGAGGAUGAUGGAGUCAAGUUACGGGGUUUCUGUCCAAAGCAUACCAACAAGAAGGACCGUAUUGGAUCUGACAGCCCCAGUAAGAAAGAUGAUGAAGAGAGUGACCAUGAUCUCUCAACAGAAGAAGGGAGACACCAAAGAUUAAAAGAGUUAGAAGACAUUUUCUACACCUGUGUCCAGCCAACUGAUGUAGCCAAAGCUCUAGACUUAGAGGAAAGUGUAGUGGACUUCAUUUUCAACUAUUGGAAGUUAAAAAGAAAGGCUAACUAUAAUAAAGCGUUCCUGACCCCAAAGACAGAGGAAGCAGACUUCCUCUCUAAGCAACAAGAAGAUAGCCUCUUAGCCAGAAUGAAGAUGUUUGUACAGUUGCGACAAGAUCUUGAAAAGGUUCGCAACUUGUGUUUCAUGGUCAAACGUCGAGAGAAAAUCUGCCGUGAACUCUACAAGGAGAACCACAGUGUCUUCACGAUGCAGUCACGCAUGCUGUGUAAUGACAAAUUGAAAUUCUCUAAAGACGAUAUGAGGUUGAUAAAGGAGGGAAAUCAAAGUAACAAUAUAGUUUACGAUUUCCCAGAGUUGUUCCAGAGAGAUAGUUAUCUGACCAAUUAUUUCGAUCGUCCUGAGAUUCAGAAUAUUACGCCAAAUCAAACAGAGGAAAUGAACGAGGAUAUGCUUGCGCAGCAGCUUCUUGAGGAAUCUAAAGAAACAUCACUGAAUAAAAAAUCAACAGCAAAACAGAAUUCUCUGUCCAUCGAUAGAAACACUGAUAAACCUAUUAUAAAGGAUGAGAAAGAUGAGCGUGCAAAUGCAAGUCAACAUAAAAGGGAGAUUGAGAUACUGACAGGGUUAAAGAACAGUCCAAGAGGGAAGGGUGGCUCUGGAAAGGGUAAAUCAGAUACUGCAAAGUCCAACCUCAGCCAGGGCGGGAAAUCUCACAGAGGUAAAGGCAAGAAAGAUGUCGAACAGGAAGACAUUGAAAAUGUUGGUGCAGUUGAUCGACGUGCAGACAACAGGAGGCUCCGUGGAGACCCCCUCAAUGAUCGUAAACGAUCAAAAAGUGAUAUUUUAUCUGAUUCAGUGUCCGAUAAGGAGCCGGUGGAAUAUUCUGAGCGUAAAUUACGAGAUCGGGACUCAGUUAAUAACAACAAAGAAUUAUUGGAUAGAACGUUAAGCCCUAAAAAGGAGGUGAAUGGGGUCGUCAAAAAGAACCCUUUUGUUAUAAGUGAUAUUAUAAAAGAUAAAGUCCAUAAUGGAAUAAAACGAGGUCGGAAAAUUAGACCAUAUAUGAAUGGCCUCAGAAAGCACAUAAAGCGGUUAACUGACCCAAAUCAAAGAACAUUAGAUGGUUACUUUAGACCAAGGACUCCAGAAAGGAGGAAACUACGCCCCGUGAAUGACCCAUCUAUACAUAAAGUACACGAUAAUGGCCGUCUUCAAGAUGAAAUGUACAUCAAUGGACAGUCAUCCCCUAGAUAUAAAAAAUCACCCCCAAGAGUUAACAGAAAGAUCAGCCAAGUUGACAGUGACUUUGAUGGGUACAAUAGCCCAGAAACACGUAGCACACGUCGUAAAAUUGCAUCUGGCCUGAAAUCAGGUUCGAGAAUGUUUUCAAAUGUGGACGAUGAGAUAAGUAUAAGUCUCAGUAGUAGGGAACCAUCUCCCGAGUUGACAAGGGGGUACCAGAAAAAAUCACGUAGAGAACUUGAUUCACGUCUAAAAUCAACUCUAAAACAGCGAAAUCUUAGCGGAAAUGACAGUGCAGAUAGCGAAAGUGAGGCUUCAAGCGAGAGUAGUCUCAGUGUGUCAACACGUCGUCGUACGCGGAGUCGUGCUCCUGAAAUUGAUGAGUCAUCCCGGGAUAGUACUAACUCUAAUAGUACACGGAGUACUCGUUCUAAACUGAGUGACUCGUUAAAAUUCCCUAGUUUACUCACAUGAUUGUGAUGAUUUUAAGAGUAGUUAUUCGGUCAACAAAUUGAGAAAUGUCAUGCUUAUUUCAAACAAAAGGAAGGUUAAGCUAAAUGAUUUCAAGAGAACUUGUGUACAUGAGAACAUAGAAAAUUGUCUGGAUAAUUUCUCCCCUUCGUAAUAUUUUUUGACCUGAGGCCUAGUGAAGUAUAAAGGAUUAAGGUACUCUGAAAACAGUUGAAAUAAGUUCCGUGAAAAUUACAAUUUCGAAGGGGACACUACCCUUAUGGUCUUUGUUUCACAUGUCAUGUACAGUUCUCUUAAAAAUUUAAGCUUAACUUCCCUGUUAUCUAUAAUAUCCUCAUGAAGUGUAAAAUAAUUUUUUAAUACAAUUGGAAGCAU